AUGGAUCCGCAACUCUCAUCAUCAACAACAACUCUAAACAAAUUGGAUAACAUCAAGAUGACUGCAUCUACAUCGUCCACUUCUCCUUCAUCAUCAUCAUCCAACUCGACCCAUUACAACACUUCGGAAUCACAACAGCCUAUCAAGAUUGCAAAGAAAGAUGACUUUAGAGAAGAUGAUGAGCAUUCAGUUUCAAUGAGUCCGAAAGUGGUUGCCACGGGAGCACUUUCUGUCAAAAUUCCAUCCAACGGAAACCUUGUGGGUGCUGCUGUUGUUGCAGGAGGCAGUCAGUCUCCUGUGAGAGUCAGCAACCACUUACAUCAAUCAUCAAAUUCUUCUUCUUCCUCUCUGUACAACAAGAAAACAAUUCCUUCUCCACCCACUUCAUCAUUGAACAAUAAUAACAACAUCAAUGGAACCAGUACUACUACUUCAGCACUUACAACAGCAUUAAAUUCAUCUGUACAGCAAGAAGAAGACAAAACACAUCCAAAUUACAGUGCGGGUGGAAAUAUUGCUGAGGACCAUUUCAUAUUCCUUCCGAACCACAAUGAGCCUUUCCAUCAUUUUGCUCUUGAUAUUGGAGGCUCUCUGGUAAAGAUGGUUUACAUGGUUCCUUUUGAUAGUGAGAAUGAAAUUAUUUAUCAAACCAAAGACACAGAGAGCAAUGAGCUCGAGGCUUAUUAUCAUCAUGCCAGUAGUGAUGAUGAAGAAGAUGGAAAAUUAUCCAUCAAAUCACUUCCUCCGCAGUCUCCUCUCAUCAUCAAUGAUGCUAGAGACCAUUUUGCUUUUAACGGAACAAAGAGAGGCUCUAAACUUUGUUUUGCGAGAUUCCAAACAGCUGACAUUGAAGAUUGUUUAAGUUUGAUUGAAAAAUUAUUAAAACUAGAUGAUUCAAUGCCACAACAUCAGAUAAAACAUAUCAAUGCAACUGGUGGAGGUGCAUUCAAGUUUGCUUCUCUCCUCAAAAACAGAUUUGGACUUGAGGUGAACAAACUCGAUGAAAUGGAAUCUUUAAUCAAGGGACUGAAUUUCUUGUUAAUGAAUCUACCAAAUGAAUCUUUCAAAUUCACAAAAGAGAAAAAGAGAGAAUAUAUUUCAUUUCAAGAGGUUUCCAAUAACGAGGUAUUUCCUUAUUUACUUGUAAAUAUUGGAAGUGGUGUUAGCAUUUUGAGAGUUGAUGGCUUGGGAAUGUUUGAAAGAGUUUCAGGUAGUAGUAUUGGUGGAGGAACAUUUUGGGGUUUAUGUAAAUUAUUGACUGGAUGUUCAUCAUUCGAGGAAAUUUUGAAACUUACAAAACAAGGUGACAACAAACCUGUAGAUAUGCUUGUUGGAGAUAUCUAUGGAAGAGACUAUGAAAAGAUAGGAUUACCAUCAGACAUUAUUGCUAGUAGUUUUGGUAAAUUGAUCAUGCAAAAACCGGCAGUGAAGAAACCAUGA